CUUGCCCAUUGAUAUUGGAAGAUGUACAUGCCUUAUUCUGAAGGAGCCCACUCCACAAGGCCAUGGCACUCUCUAUUGUCUUUAUACCUAUGAAGGUCAGGGACGCCAGAAUAGGAAAUUAGCAGUGGCCCAUCACAAGCGCCGGAAUGGCAAAUCUCACUUCACAGUAGCUCAGAAUGUAAAAGGACUCUUAUCCAAUUCAGAUGAUACUUUCCUUGGGACCAUGACAGCUAACCUCAUCGGCUCAAAAUACCAUAUCUGGGAUCAGGGAUAUCGACCUAAUUCCCGCAAUACGCAACCGAAAUUACCUCUUGCUGUAGUGACGUAUAUACCAACAGUAGCAACAUGUACCGGAAGUCACAGAAGCAUGAGAGCAUAUAUCCCCAAGCAUCAAUCUCUGUCACUGAAGAAUGUCACACAGUUACAACAUAUUAAAGGGUUGCCAUUGGAUUGGGAGGAGAAAUGGGACACAGUGCAUCAACUAUUCUCAAAGGUUCCACUUUACAACAAGAUUUCAAAGCAAUUUGAGCUUGACUUUAGAGAUAAAGGAAGGGCAGAACUUAGAAUCCAAAGAUCGGUGAAAAAUUUCCAACUCACUUUAGAGGAGAAUGGGAAGCAGACGAUCCUGCAGCUAGGCAGGGUGGGAAAAUCAAAAUUCGUCAUGGACUACAGAUAUCCACUGACAGGCUACCAAGCUUUUUGCAUCUGUCUGGCUUCCAUUGAUACAAAGCUUUGCUGCACAGUGUAGUAACGGGACACACACUCGGUUACGUUCAACCUCUGAACUUUAAGAUUACUGUGUCCUUGUCCUACAUUUUCUCCAUAGAAAAUCGGUAAAUUGUAUUGUGUCCCAAAGUCCAGCUAGGAAACAUGCAAUAACAAGUCAAAUGGCCAUACUCUUUUUUUUUUUUGGGUGUCUUGAUUUUUUAUUUAAACGGCCACUCUCUGUGAUCCGAGACCGAGAUCACCCCCUUUUAUUUUUGUACGAAUUCACAGCCAAAUAUUGCUUGCCUAAUUGUCUAUCUCUGCUUGAUUAAUUGACUCGUUAUUAAA